AUCCUUAUAAAAAUCGCUGCACGUCCUAAUUUUGUUACAUUCUUUAGUGAAACUUUCAAGGUGAAGAUAAAAAAAAAAGGAAGCCGAAACACAAAAAAGUUUGUGUUCAUCAAAAAUUAUUUCAAGGAUCAAUCAAGAAUGAGUGAAGGAGAUAUUCAAUACACCAUUGAUGAUCUUAUUGAUCCCAAUAAUAUCGGUCUAAUUCGGCAUAUGCGAACAAGAAACAUGCCUCCAGAAUUAAUACAAAAUUUUAUUAACCAUUUGGCGGUGAAAGAAAUGGUACAAACCUGUGUUGGAACUCCAAAUAUGGAAGAAAGAAAAUAUGCAAAUUACAGAAGUUAUGGUGAUGAAUUAAUUACUUCUGAACAACUGAUGAAUGCCAAUUCACAACCCCUCAAUACACCACCAUUUAUAGAACCACCAAUCCGUUAUAAUUUUUCAUACCCUACACCUCCACCUGAAUCAUCAAGCGCAGAAACACAAGAAGCUCCAAUUGAUUACAGUUUGAAUCGAAGUAUUAAACUGGAACCAGAAGUAAUGAUAGAAGAAGGUUCUGAAACAUUUAGUGAAAAUGAAACUUCAAAUGGACGCCUUGAAGAAACAUCAAAUGGAUGCCUUGAAGAAACAUCAAAUGGAUCCAUUCAAGAAACAUCAAAUGUACCCAAAGAAAAGCCAAAGAGAAAAAAAUAUAAGAAGAAAUCUCCGGCACCAACAGUAUUUGAUGAUAGUUACCCGUGGUUAGGUAAAAGUGUUUUUGACGAGAUGGAAUUUGCUGGAUUCUAUGAGUUCGACAAGUUGUUAAAACAUAGCCAUGACACUAAAACUCAAGUGUUGAAGUACACUUAUGCACAAGAGGAUCAUAGUUACAUAUACUACGAAGCUAAGUCACGUCCUCGCGCUGAUUAUUCAAAUAUAGAAUAUUGCAAGGCUCGUACUGCAAAUAAUGUUGCUUCACGUCGCUCACGAUCCCGUAAGAAGUUCUUGAUCAAUGUUCAACAACACUCAGUCAACUACGAUCGUGACGAAAACGAUAUGCUUAGACAUCAAGUGUAUUGGAUGAAUAACUUCCUUGAGAAAGUAGAUGAAAUCCAAGAUGUUAACGAUGACGCACUGCAGGUCCUUAUUAACCCAUAAAUUUUAAUUUCUGUUUCUCUUCAAUGCAUGAAUUGUCUUCAUUUCUUCCUUAAUUUAACCCUUGACGAUUACGAUUUCACUAAACAAUUUGUAGUCCCUUAAAUUAAUUAUUUAUUUAAUAAAAAUUACUGAAAAUAAAACA